GAGCCCUGUUUCACAGACAUGUCCAUCUCCUUACCCAUCUUCAUGUGUUAUAUGUUUGAUGGGCCCAAAACUUAGUGGACUAAAUAGCACUUGGAUCACUUAUAUUGAUUUAUUUAUUUAUAUAUAUUUCGUAUAGGCGAAACCGAUCUUUGAUCUUAAAUGUUGGGUAUCAUUUCUAAACUUUAAACAACUAAACUAGUUGACAUCCAUAAUAUUUCAAAUUUUCAGUAUCAAUCCUAAAUAGUUUUUUUAUUUUUUUAUUUUUUUUUAUUUAGUAAUUACUUGUUUUAGCGUGCUUUUCCGCUUUUCAUGUUGAGUCAUGUCGUGUCUUAUCAUGCUUUUCCAAAAACCAUUGCGUAGGCUAGGCACGCAGAAAAUAUUCUAUGCCAUUUCUUCUCCAAGUCCAAGCCAUUUUGCGUGUGUUUUUAGUGCAUAUCAAUCCGUUGCUAUUAGGAGACCAACCCAGCAACCUAUCGAUCUUAAGCAAGUAUACUUCUUGGACCAUAUAUGGUUUGGGCCAGGCUCUAUUCAUUUUGGAUCAAUCCUCAAAUCAUAAUACCCUAAAAUGAUGGGCCGACCCAAAUUCACCCUCUCACUGGGACACAUCUUCAACCUCAUUUCACCAACUGUUUGUAAGAACCAAGCUAAAACCCUUCACUCUCCUAAAACCCUUCUCCGGCGAAAAAAAUGUCAGCGUUAAUACCGGAAACUUCCCGCCGACUAAUUACGUCGGAAAGUAUCCGUUCGGCGGCGAAACAAUCGUCAAAAUGCCUCGUAAUCCCCGUUCGUCUUCGCCGCGCCAUUGAAAAAUAUCUUCAAGAGCAAGAAAUGGGGCACAUGAAGAAGAAAGUGCUGAGAUUAUCAGCAUCAUUUGCGGAAAUUAAGGAUGUUAAUCGGUUGCUUCCAAUGUCGAUUUCAAAGGAGCUUGUUGAGGAUCCAUUGAAGUCGAUGGAACAAUCAAAGAGGUGGAAAAUCAAGAGUGAAUACGGUGAUAUUGGAUUAACUUAUACUGAUGAUGAGACUGUUGCUUAUGUUGCCACUCGAAUGCCUGCUGUUUAUUCUGCUUGUUAUAGAAUCUUACGUGAGAUAAAAAGAAGGGUGCCUGAAUUUUCUCCUGUUAAUGUGUUGGACUUUGGGUCUGGUACUGGCUCGGCUUUUUGGGCGUUGAGAGAGGUUUGGCCGAAGUCAUUGGAACGGAUCAAUCUGAUUGAGCCCUCUCAAUCAAUGCAACGUGCUGGUGUUAGUCUUGUACGAGAUAUCAAGGACUUGCCACUUAUUCACAGCUACAGUAAAAUUCAAUCCUUAACUCAGGAUAUCAAGAAGGCUGAAAGGGCACAUGACCUUGUCAUUGCUUCCUAUGUUCUUGGAGAGAUUCCAUCACUGAAGGAUAGGAUUGCUAUUGUGCGUCAACUAUGGGGUCUUACUCGAGAUAUUCUGGUACUUGUUGAACCAGGCACACCUGAAGGGUUUAAUAUUAUAUCUCAAAUGCGAUCACAUAUUUUAUGGAUGGAGAAGAGGAAACGGCGUAAACUUGAAGCUAAAUUGCGUAAAACUAAUGGUGCGGCAGAAAACUUAGAAGCUUCCAGUGUUGGAGCAUUUGUGAUUGCUCCUUGUCCACACGAUGGAACUUGUCCUCUGGCAAAGAGUGGAAAAUAUUGUCAUUUUGUUCAGCGACUAGAGAGAACAGAGUCGCAACGUGCAUUCAAGAGAUCAAACGGUUCACCUUUACGUGGAUUUGAGGAUGAGAAAUUUUCCUAUGUGGUAUUGAGACGAGGAAAAAGACCGCAGGAUCCUUGGCCUCUUGACGGAAUUAAGUUUGAGACCUUAAAAGAACUGCGUGCCAAAAGAAUUCCCGAGGAACUUGAAAUUGAUUAUGAGGACCAAUCUGAGCUAGAACCUGAUGAGAUUGUUCUCUCUGAGGCUCCUCCUUCAUAUGAUUCUGAUGCAACUGAAUCUGAUACGGAUAUUGAGCAUGAAGACGAAGAGGAAGGAGAGCAAUCAAGCCGUGCAGAUCUGGGAAGUGGUUGGGGUAGAAUAAUCUUCAUGCCUCAAAAGAGGGGUAGACGUGUUGAAAUGGAUGUAUGUAGGGCUACCAAGCAUGAUGGUUCAGAAGGCUCAUUUGAUCAUUUGGUCGUUACUCGGGCGAAAAAUCCAACCUUACAUCAUCAAGCUCGGAAGUCUUUAUGGGGGGAUUUGUGGCCUUUGUAGGUGAAGCCUAUAGUAAUGGAGAGUAGCAUCUUUCUUGAAUUCAGUCUGAUUCAAGAUUGCAGCACAUUGAUUCGUGUUAGAUGCUUACAUUUUAUCCUUUGCAAGAUACAUGUAGCCACUAUUGAGACUGGAGUCUUAUAGUGACUCCAUGGCUCAAUUUGGGUAUCAUAGUGGAGGAAAUUUUUUUGGGGAAAAAGAAAGAUUGUGUGCCCCAAAUUAACUAUGAAGACCUUAUUGGGACAAAAAUCUCAGUUGUGACUGUUGGCCUCGGAUUUGCUUGAUCCUCUGUCAAGUUACUGGAGAGUGCAAGUUCAGAUUGACUAUAUUUAAAGAUGCGGGCUAACAUGUUCUUGGUGUGCCUUUACCUUUGUGAAUCUCAGGUGCAUCAGGCUUCUAGCAAUCUAGCGGACUAUCCAGAAGAGCUGCUCCAGGUGAUUGCAAGAUCUUUAAAUCUCCUUUCACUUCAUGUAUCAUGUAUAUAAGUUUACCACCAUAUUUUACCUUAUCUUUUUCCUGUCACAUAUUACUCUAUUUUUUUCCUAUCAUGCUAUACGAAGAAUGCUUUUUUGAACUUGUUACAUGUAUAAACAUGAGUCAUGAUUUAUUUCCACAUUACAGUAAUUUUUCUUCGGUUCUCUUUUUUCACGGAGGGUUUGAUACUGAAUACUAAUCUUAGAGUAGAGCUGUCAAUUUGGGUGAAUUGUUGCAUUUGGUGAGUUGGUAUGUUUACAUAUCAAUUA